AUGGGAUUGUCAUCCCGCCAGUGCUUGUCUAAUGUCCCCAAUAUUGGUCUGCUUUCAAGAAUUUUAGUUCUAUUGUUGUUUCAUGUUCUUGGGGCUGGCUCCUUAUACUCUAGGCAGCAGCAGCCAUCUAGUUGCCAUGAUGAGGACAGCGCUGCCUUGCUGCAAUUUAAGCAAAGCUUUAUUAUCGAUCCAUCUGUUUCUUAUGAUGAUGGUUCAUGUCCAAAGGUCUCAUCAUGGAAGACAGCUGAAGGAGAUCAUAAUAGCAACUGCUGCUCAUGGGACGGGGUCGAGUGUGAUGAAGACACUGGUCAUGUGACUGGGCUUGAUCUUAGUAGCAGUUGUCUCUAUGGCUCCAUCAACUCCAGCAGCAGCCUCUUUCGCCUUGUUCAUCUCCGGAGGCUGAAUCUUGCUGACAACCACUUCAAUUACUCUGAAAUUCCUACAACAAUUAGGAAUCUUCCGAGGCUUAGGUAUCUCAACCUUUCCUUAUCUGUGUUUUCUGGCCAAGUCCCAUCUGAAAUUACACAGUUGUCCAAAUUGUCAUCCCUUGAUUUGUCUAGAAAUCUUCAUGCACAUUCUGAUGAACCGCUGUUGAAGCUGAAAGUACCCAAUCUAGCUGGUCUAGUUCAAAACCUAACUAGACUAGAAAAGCUUCAUCUCAGUUACGUUAACAUAUCUUCCAAAAUUCCUGAUUCAUUGGUGAAUUUGUCAUUUUUGUCAUCCCUCACUCUAGGGAAUUGCGACUUGUAUGGCGAAUUCCCAAUAAGAAUUUUCAAGUUACAAUACUUGACAUUUCUUAGUGUGAGAUCAAACCAAGAGCUUUCUGGUUAUUUGCCUGACUUUAAUGGAAGUAGUCCUCUCACGUGGCUAUCACUCGGAGGCACUAAUUUUUCCAGAAAUGUUCCUUCAUCAAUCAGAAAGCUUGACGCAUUGAAUUACUUGAAUUUGGCUGAAUGUAGUUUCUCAGGUCCAAUUCCUGCUUCACUGGCAAACCUUACCCAACUCAACUAUUUGUCACUUGCAACGAAUAAUUUUGUUGGCGGUCCCUUGUCUUGGCUUGGUAAGCAAACUGAGCUUACCUCUCUCCACCUUACCUCCACCAAUUUAAAUGGUCCUAUUCCAGUUUCUCUUGGAAACCUCACGCAGCUCACUGAUCUUUUUCUUGACGAGAAUCAACUUAGUGGUCCAAUCCCACCUUUGUUAGGUAACCUUAGCAGAGUAACUAACUUAGAUCUUAGUGACAACAGGUUGAGUGGUUUAAUUCCUGAAUCAUUGUUCAAUUUGAAUCUCAGUGAACUUUCGCUAUUUGGAAAUAACCUUCAUGGUAAAUUGGACAUUUGUAGGCUGCCAAGUACCUUAAUACAGCUCCAACUAGGUGGGAACAAACUAGAAGUGUCUCAAUCUAAAAUUAUGAAUACAACUCUGUUUCCAAAGCUUUCGACUCUGGUAUUGUGUGCGUGCAACAUAAACGAGUUUCCAGAUUUCCUAAGACAUCAACAAAACUUGAAUUGGUUGGCGCUUUCCUUUAAUAAAUUGCACGGUCAAAUACCCAAAUGGAUGUUGAAUACAAGCACAGAAAGUUUGAUGUUCCUAGACCUUAAGCACAACUUCCUUUCGGAUUUUGGCCAACUAAAUGUUGUCCUUCCAUGGGUUAACCUAAAAGUUUUGUUUGUUGGGCAAAAUUUGCUAGAUGGAUCACCACCCAUACCUCCACAGAGCAUCAUCUAUUAUUCAUUUGACAACAACAAUCUUACCGGGGAACUUUCACAAUUGAUGUGCAAUAUAAGUACCCUUCAGUACGUUGAUUUCUCAAAUAACAAGUUGAGUGGCACCAUUCCGCCGUGUCUUGGUAACUUCAGUGAUGAUCUACAAGUAUUAGUUCUUAGAAACAACUCUUUCCAUGGCACUCUUCCUCAAAGAUACAGCAACACAAGCAACCUGAAGAUGCUUGAUGUCAGUUAUAAUCAAUUGCAUGGGAAAAUACCGAGGUCACUGGCAAAUUGUGUGAUGCUUGAGUCUCUUGUUCUGUCAGUGAAUAAGUUCAGUGAUGUUUUCCCUUUUUGGUUGGCGAGUCUCCCAGAGUUGAAACUCCUAGCGAUGCACCACAAUGCAUUCUAUGGUGUGAUUGGGAAUACCAAAGAAAAUCUUCAUUUUCCCGAGCUGCGCAUUCUUGAUCUGUCUUACAAUAAUUUCAGAGGUGAGUUUCCAUCUGAAUACAUCUUUUCUGGAAAUGCCAUGAGAGGUAUAGUUCUGAGCCAACCCACAUAUAUGGAGGCAUCCUCAGAUCUGAAUAUCCCUAAUGUUAAUGCACCUAGGUUUUCUUAUUCUUUCACGGUCACUAUCUCAAACAAAGGUUUCGAGAGAUACUACGGGCAUAUCCAAGAAGACCUUGGGGUCAUUGAUAUCUCAUCCAAUAAUUUCCGAGGGAAGAUUCCAGAAUUCAUUGGGAACUUGAAAGGGCUUCGCUUUCUCAACAUUUCCAAUAACAUCUUCAACGGCAGCAUCCCAUCAUUCUUGGAAAAUUUGACAUUGCUUGAAGCGUUGGACCUUUCACAGAACCAGCUCUCGGGAGAGAUUCCUCAGCAACUAGUUCAGCUUACGUCUCUUGCGAAUUUUAAUGUAUCCUACAACAAUCUCACAGGUUCUAUACCGCAAGGGCGCCAAUUUCAGACAUUCGAGAACACAUCAUAUAAGGGAAACCCAGAAUUGUGUGGAGACCCUUUGACAAGGAGAUGUGGGAACUCUAUUGCCCCAGCUCAACUGCCACCUUCAAACAGCAUUGAAGAAAAUGUUUCAGGCUCUGCUUUUGAACUUGACUGGAAAUUUGUGUUGGCUGGAUUUGGAAGUGGGUUGCUAGUGGGAGUGGUACUUGCAGACGUGGCGAUUACACGGAGGCGUGAGUUGUUUCUGGAGAUAGUUGGGAUGUUGAUCAGACUAAUGAAAAGGAUCAAAAGGCAGAGGAGGUAUUAA